CAGCACAAUAGAAAAUGAGGAAAGCCGACCGCUGAAUAAAAUUUAAUAAGCAAAAAAGAGCAAAAUUUCUCUUUCGAGUUGCAGCUUCCAGAGAAAGUGGGGAGAAGUGGAGGCUUAAGACAGAGUCGCCGCUCGGAAUAAUUAGGUUUCAUUCUUCUUCUUUCUCACUUUGUUUGUCUCCGUCGUCGUCUCUCAUUUUUAGCUCGGCGGUAAGCAAUUUCGCCCUCAGCCCUCAAUUUUCCAAACUGCGCUCUCUCUUUAUUUCCGUCCUUUGGCGUUUCCAUUUGUUCAUUCUUUUUAAGUUUUAAACCUUUCUACGGUGGUUGCUUCAAAUCUACGCCAAAUUCCAUUCAGCUUACAUGUUGAAUCCUUUCAUGGGACUGAAAGCCAAUCUUCGUCUUGGUCGGUGUGUGGAUCAAGUCGAGGAUUUCUGAAUCUUGUUGGGCGCUUGUUUGUGGUUUGAUUCGGUCGAGUCACACUGCAUUUUCUUCCAUGUCUGAUUUCCGUGUUUCGGUGUCUCUGCUUCGUAUAACUGAUCUCCAAAUAUAUCAUCUUGGGUGCGUUGAUGUGAGCGUUUGAUAUUUGUUUUCAUAGUCCAGAGAAUACUGGAAAACUCUGCCUGUCUAUUUGUUCUGUUGUGUUUCCCUUUCGCUUGGUUCAAUUUAUUUCUUCUCAAUGUGGAAUGGAUUGGUGGUGGGCUUCGCCUGGAAUAGGUGUAAUAACGGGAACGGGGGCGAAUUCAUCAGUUUGUCUUAUUUAUUGUUUCAAACAAGGACGUCUGUACAGAAAUAAUUGGGUUCAUCAUGUUUUUCCCUAGUAUAAUACACAACGGCAUUGCCACUUGAGUUAGUUGCCAUCCGUACAUUCUGCAUUCGUCUAGGAUCCAUGUAGCUCGUAAAUUUUCUUCUUCUAAUCUUCGCUUUUGAUAGUUCAGGUUUUCACUUCGUGCCCGUUUUGAAGCUCGAGUAGCAUACUGAUGUCUAUGAUUUGGAAGAGCUGCUCUUUGUAGUAGUUCGUAGGUGAUCCAUUGCUUUCUUUGAUGUGUAUUUCUCAUUUGACUUAUUUGUUUCUCUUUAAUAGGGCUUGCAACGAGAACAAUAAGCAACUUUAGAUUCAGGUUUGGGCCUAGGCGGUGCAGUCUUUCAUGAACUAGUGGCAUUAGGUGGAUAGCCAUGGCGUGGUUUAGAGCUGGUUCUAGCAUAGCAAAGCUUGCUAUUAGGAGGAGUCUAUCUCAGGGUGGUUCGUACACUGCCAGAACACGGCUGAUUCCUGCUCAAAGUCGGUAUUUCCAUGGCACGGUCUUUAGGCCAAAGGCACAGUCUGCACCUGUCCCCCGCCCUGUCCCUCUCUCUAAGCUCACUGAUAGUUUCUUAGAUGGAACCAGCAGUGUGUACUUAGAGGAGCUUCAACGCGCAUGGGAAGCUGAUCCUAGUAGCGUGGAUGAGACAUGGGACAACUUUUUUAGGAACUUUGUUGGUCAGGCUGCUACAUCUCCAGGCAUUUCAGGUCAAACUAUUCAGGAGAGUAUGCGGCUAUUGCUUCUGGUUAGGGCAUAUCAGGUUAAUGGCCACAUGAAAGCCAAGCUGGACCCAUUGGCCCUCGAAGAAAGAGAGGUCCCUGAUGAGCUAAACCCGGCUCUUUAUGGCUUCUCAGAAGCAGAUCUUGAUAGAGAGUUCUUCUUAGGAGUUUGGAAGAUGGCUGGGUUUUUGUCCGAGAACCGGCCUGUGCAGACCCUUAGGUCCAUAUUGACGAGGCUUGAGCAAGCUUAUUGUGGGAGUAUUGGAUUUGAAUACAUGCACAUUUCUGAUCGUGAGAAAUGUAAUUGGUUAAGGGAUAAGGUUGAAACGCCUACACCGAUGCAGUAUAACCGUCAACGUCGCGAGGUCAUUCUUGAUAGGCUGAUAUGGAGUACACAGUUCGAGAACUUCUUGGCCACUAAAUGGACUACAGCCAAGAGGUUUGGACUGGAAGGUGGAGAGACAUUGAUCCCUGGCAUGAAGGAGAUGUUUGAUAGGUCUGCAGAUCUCGGUGUGGAGAGUAUCGUUAUUGGAAUGCCACAUAGAGGAAGAUUAAAUGUACUUGGAAAUGUGGUAAGAAAGCCUCUACGCCAGAUAUUCAGCGAGUUUAGUGGUGGCACGAAACCUGUUGAUGAGGUUGGGCUCUACACGGGUACAGGUGAUGUCAAAUAUCACUUGGGAACUUCUUAUGAUCGUCCAACUAGAGGUGGAAAGAGAAUUCAUUUGUCUCUGGUUGCAAAUCCUAGUCAUUUGGAAGCUGUGGAUCCUGUUGUUAUUGGAAAGACUAGAGCUAAGCAGUAUUACUCGAAUGAUCUGGACAGGACAAAGAACAUGGGAAUUUUGAUUCAUGGUGAUGGUAGCUUUGCCGGACAAGGUGUAGUAUAUGAGACUCUGCAUCUUAGUGCACUGCCAAAUUACAGCACUGGUGGGACUAUACAUAUUGUGGUGAACAACCAAGUAGCUUUUACAACAGAUCCACAGGCAGGCAGAUCUUCACAGUAUUGUACUGAUGUUGCAAAGGCCUUGAAUGCCCCAAUCUUCCAUGUAAAUGGAGAUGAUGUGGAGGCGGUUGUUCAUGCUUGUGAACUUGCAGCUGAAUGGCGUCAAACAUUCCACUCCGAUGUUGUUGUGGAUUUAGUUUGUUAUCGCCGUUUUGGCCAUAAUGAGAUUGAUGAGCCAUCUUUCACACAGCCCAAAAUGUACAAGGUCAUCCGGAAUCAUCCCUCAGCUCUUCAGAUUUAUCAAAACAAGAUCUUAGAAUCUGGGCAGGUUAGUCAAGAAGAUAUUAGCAAGAUAAAUGAGAAGGUCAGCGCAAUCCUGAAUGAAGAAUUCCUGGCCAGCAAAGAUUAUGUUCCUAAAAGAAGAGACUGGCUUGCCUCUCAUUGGACUGGAUUCAAAUCACCUGAGCAGGUUUCACGCAUCCGAAAUACGGGGGUCAAACCUGAGAUCUUGAAGACUGUUGGAAAAGCAAUUACUUCUCUUCCAGAAACUUUUAAACCGCACAGAGCUGUGAAGAAGGUUUAUGAGCAACGUGCCCAGAUGAUAGAAACAGGGGAAGGCGUUGAUUGGGCUGUUGGAGAAGCCCUUGCUUUUGCCACAUUGCUUGUAGAAGGUAACCAUGUUCGAUUGAGUGGUCAGGAUGUCGAAAGAGGAACAUUUAGUCAUCGCCAUUCUGUGGUUCAUGAUCAAGAAACUGGGGAGAAGUACUGCCCUCUGGACCAUGUUGUAAUGAACCAAAAUGAGGAGAUGUUUACCGUCAGUAACAGCUCUCUGUCAGAAUUUGGUGUGCUUGGAUUUGAAUUGGGUUAUUCAAUGGAAAGCCCAAACUCACUGGUUAUCUGGGAAGCUCAAUUCGGUGACUUUGCUAAUGGUGCUCAAGUGAUAUUUGAUCAGUUCUUGAGUAGUGGUGAGUCAAAAUGGUUGCGUCAAACUGGUCUUGUUGUGCUUCUUCCUCAUGGAUAUGAUGGCCAGGGUCCUGAACAUUCAAGUGCACGAUUAGAACGCUUCCUACAGAUGAGCGAUGACAAUCCCUAUGUCAUUCCUGAGAUGGACUCUACUUUGCGGAAACAAAUCCAGGAAUGCAAUUGGCAGGUUGUGAAUGUUACAACUCCUGCAAAUUACUUCCAUGUUUUGAGGAGACAGAUACACAGAGAGUUCCGCAAACCUCUUAUCGUGAUGGCUCCCAAAAAUCUGCUUCGUCACAAGGACUGCAAAUCAAAUCUUUCAGAGUUUGAUGAUGUCAAAGGCCACCCUGGUUUUGACAAGCAAGGCACAAGAUUUAAGCGUCUAAUAAAGGAUCAGAAUGCACAUUCUGAUCUUGAGGAGGGCAUCAGACGCCUGGUUCUCUGCUCCGGAAAGGUCUAUUAUGAGCUUGAUGAGGAACGCAAGAAGGCUGCUGCAAAGGAUGUUGCUAUUUGUAGGGUGGAACAACUGUGUCCUUUCCCAUAUGAUCUCAUCCAACGUGAACUGAAACGAUACCCAAAUGCCGAGGUUGUUUGGUGCCAAGAGGAGCCAAUGAACAUGGGCGGAUACAACUACGUAGCACCUCGCCUGUGCACAGCCAUGAAGGCACUCAACAGAGGUACCAUCGAUGACAUCAAGUACGUGGGCCGUGCUCCCUCUGCUGCCUCUGCCACUGGUUUCUACCAAGUCCACACAAAGGAACAGUCGGAGUUGGUGCAGAAGGCGAUCCAACAAGAAGCACUCCAUUCUCCCGCUCAAACCGUGUAAUAGUUUUCAGAAAGUUACAUAUAUUUAUACACAUCCAUCUCCCUUGAAAUACAGUGUGGGACGGCACUAGUUUCCUUUCUCUGCUCUUAUUUCCACAUGACUUGGUAGCUGUGGAGAGCUAGAGACAUCCUGAGUUUUGUUUUUGUCUUUUCGGUUCUGGAGAAGAAUCAGCCAAGCUUAUACAUGCGAGAGAUACAAUUGUUAGAAAAAGAGGAAUGAAUGAGUUUGAGUUAUUGAAUAAGGAGAUUAUGAUAUC